UAGUUUCUGAAUCUAAUUCUAAUUAGUACUAAAACGUGUUGUUGACAUUUCUCUUUUGGAGGCUUUGAUAAUAUCGAGCUGGAGGAUUUGAUGAUAUAAUUGAGAGAUUUUGAAUUUGAGAUGGUGAAGGAGGAGAUGAGUAGCGGUGAAGGAGAAAUCAAGAAGACGCCGACGACGAAGAGGUGGCGGAGAUGGUCUUUGUGGACGGUAGCAUUAAUCACGGCAUUGAUCGCUGUCUUGUUGGCGACGGCAGUGAAGACGGCUGUAACGUCCGGAGCUGCUUCUAAAUCUUUUCUGUUCAGUAACAAUGACAAGUCCUGUCAGUGUUCUUCUCAGGAAUCAGGGAAGUAUAAGGGCAUGAUUGAGGACUGUUGUUGUGAUUAUGAGACAGUGGAGAGUGUUAAUGCGGAGGUUUUGCACCCUCUGCUACAAGAACUUGUUAAGACUCCCUUUUUCCGAUACUUUAAGGUUAAGUUGUGGUGUGAUUGUCCCUUCUGGCCUGAUGAUGGAAUGUGCCGGUUGCGUGAUUGCAGUGUCUGUGAAUGUCCAGAAAAUGAAUUUCCAGAACCUUUUAAGAAGCCAUUCCGCAAUGGUCUCCCUUCAGAUGAUGUGAUGUGUCAAGAGGGAAAGCCUGAGGCAGCUGUUGACCGCACACUAGACAAUAGAGCUUUCAGAGGCUGGAUAGAAACAGAUAACCCAUGGACAAAUGAUGAUGAGACUGAUAAUGGUGGGAUGACAUAUGUAAAUCUUCUGCUAAAUCCUGAACGUUACACUGGCUAUGCUGGUCCAUCGGCUAGGAGGAUAUGGGAUGCUAUUUAUACAGAAAACUGUCCAAAAUAUUCAUCGGGAGAGAUAUGCCAGGAGAAAAAGGUUUUGUACAAAUUAAUAUCCGGUCUUCACUCUUCAAUUUCAAUCCACAUAGCUGCUGAUUAUCUUCUUGAUGAAACUACCAAUCUGUGGGGUCAGAAUCUGGAGUUGAUGUACGACCGUGUUUUAAAAUAUCAGGAUCGUGUAAGAAACUUGUACUUCACUUUCCUUUUUGUUCUGCGCGCGGUGACUAAGGCAGCAGAUUACUUGGAGCAGGCUGAAUACGAUACUGGCAACCAUACAGAGGACCUCAAAACACAAUCUUUAAUGAAGCAGCUACUUUACAAUCCCAAACUCCAAGCUGCAUGUCCUGUUCCAUUCGAUGAAGCUAAACUUUGGCAAGGUCAAAGUGGACCCGAACUGAAGUUGCAGAUUCAAAAGCAAUUCAGGAACAUUAGUGCAUUGAUGGAUUGUGUUGGCUGUGAGAAGUGUAGACUUUGGGGAAAACUUCAGGUUCUUGGUCUUGGCACCGCAUUGAAGAUCCUCUUUUCUGUUGACGGUCAUGAUCUCCAAGUACAACGCCUCCAGUUGCAACGUAAUGAAGUGAUUGCUCUGGUAAACUUGCUCAAUCGACUCUCAGAAUCUAUCAAAUUUGUGCAUGAAAUGGGGCCAUCAAUUGAGAGAAUCAUGGAAAAGCAGACAGUUGAGCCUUCUACACUUCAAUUUAGCAUCUGGAGAAGAAUAAGGGAAUCAAUGUUUCGGCUUUGGUGACAAAUCCACUUAGCCUGCAUAUCCAUUUCAUCGCCUUUUUGGCGCCAUCCUAACAGUUUUGGAAAGGUAAGUUAAAAACUCAGAUACAUUCCCACCAUUAAAGAGCUGUAGAUCAGAGUUUCAGAAACUUCUUUUUGGAGGUGAUACAAAUGUACACAUGCAUACAAAGUUAAAAAAGAGUCUAGAGCAAUCAUAAAGGAAUCAAAUAUAUUUUAAUAACUUUGGUGUUUACAUUUUUAUUUUAUUGUAAAGUAAAUGAACAAUAUUAAAUAGUUUCAGCAGAUUAACUGAAUAAUUCCUUUUGGUUUUA